CAGUCCAAAGUUGCACCUCUUCAAGAUUUCUCAAGCCCAUUCUCUUCAGUGUCAACAAUGGUGACUUCUCGUUGCCUCUUCCUCCUCGCCUCGAUCACCUCCUUCCUCUCUCUCUCAUCCUCCCAAACCCAACCUCCUGCUCCUUCCUCUCUCAUCUUCCCCGUCGUGAAAGAUGAGGCAUCUCGCCAAUACUACACCACCAUCACCCUCGGCACGCCGCCUUCUCCCGUGAAGGCGGUGCUCGACCUCUUGGGUUCAUAUUCGUGGUUUGACUGCGGCACCGCCUGCUACAACCCUACGUCGUCCUCGUCCCACCGCCCCAUCCUCUGCAGCUCUGCCAGGUGCAGGGCCGCCCGAGGUGGCGGCUGCUUCAACGACACGUGCGGUGUGUACGUGUACAACCCGCUGACGGAGGUCGUCAUCGGCACCGGGCUAGGCGAGGAUGCGGUGGUGGUGCACCACACCGAUGGGAUCAAGUACACGUCGAGAGGAGUAAUACAACUUCCUUUCUCUUGCGUGCCUUCGGAGUUCACGCGCGGCAUCUCCAGAGCCGGCAAUGGCGUGAUCGCGCUGUCCAUCGCUCCGACCUCGCUCGCUACGAAGCUCUCGGCCGACCUUAACCUCCCCCACAAGCUCGCUCUGUGCCUCCCGUCUUCUUCUUCCUCCUCUGGCCAAGGCAACUUCUACGUCGGCGGCGGCCCGUACUUUGGGCCUUUGAUCGAGCAGGACCUCUCGAAGUUGCUCCUCGUCACUCAGUUGCUCAUCGAUCCUGUCAGCCGAGCGCCCUCUCACGGCUCCGCAUCUCCGUCCGAUGAGUACUUCGUCGACGUGACCGCCAUCAAGGUCAAUAUCGCUCCGGUCAAUUUCAAGGCAUCGUUGUUAGUGAUCGACAAGAAUGGAAGAGGCGGGACAAAAAUCACUACUCUGACUUCGUACACGGUCCUCCACACGGACAUCUAUAGAGCUCUGGUUGCAGAGUUUUCGAGGCAGGCGGUGGAGAAGACGAUCAGGAGAGCGGAGCCAAUCGCGCCGUUCGGGGCGUGCUUCGAUGCGAGUAGCAUAAGGAGUGGGGUGGCAGGGCCGGAUGUGCCCGCGAUCGUGCUGGUGCUCCGGAACGAUGCUCAGUGGAGGAUCGAAGGGGCGAAUUCGAUGGUGAGGGUGAGCGAGGAGGUGAUGUGCCUGGGGUUCAUGGAGGGAGGGUCGACGCUGAGGACGGCGAUCGUGAUUGGGGCACACCAAAUGGAGGACAAUCUGGUAGAGUUUGACAUGGCUGCGCUGACGUUCAGGUUCAGCAACUCGCUCCUGCUUCGCAACACCAGUUGCUCCCAUUCUUGAGGUUGAGGAUGGAUAUUGUUGCAUUUGCUAGUUUGUCUCGUGAUUCUCAGUCGUGUCAAUGUCAUGUUUAAUCAUGAAUGUCUGUUUGACUUUGUAGUUUGUUGCAAUGCAUGGACUAAGCACAGAUGAAGAUAAAUUGUGUGGGAGUGUAGAUAAAUAACCUCGUCCUGCAUAAUUAUUGUA